CCAGGCGACACCCACAUGCCUGCUGGAGCGGCGCACACAAACUCCAGCGCCCUCGGCCUCGCGCUGCCUUACUGGGGCGGAGCCGCCGUCGGGAGGGAGGAGCAGAGGUGGCGCUGGCGCACCGGCAUGGACCCCGCCGCCACCGCCGCCGCUUCCGCGGGGCUCCUCGAGCCCGGCGCCAAGGAGCUGGCCGCCCGCCACCUCGGCCGCACGGCCCACAACAUGUCCUCCUCCUCGCUCCGCAAGAAGUCCGACCUCGCCCUCCUCCGCAAGGUCCCCUGCGCGCCGCUGCGGCGACUCCUCGACAACCUCCAGGAGGUCCUGCUCGGCACCAAGCUCGUCCUCCUCUUCCCCGCCGUCAUCCUCGCGCUCGCCGCACGCAUCUUCCACUUUGGACAGGAGUGGGUAUUUGUUCUUAGCUUAAUUGGUCUCGUUCCUCUUGCUGAGCGACUAAGCUUCCUGACGGAGCAGGUUGCAUUUUACACAGGACCUACUGUGGGAGGUCUGUUGAAUGCAACAUUUGGGAAUGUAACAGAGGUCAUCAUCGCAAUCUUUGCCCUGUACAAAGGCAAGGUAGUGGUGGUAAAAUGCUCCCUGCUCGGCUCCAUCUUGUCCAACUUGUUGCUUGUCCUUGGAACCUCCCUUUUCCUUGGUGGCCUGGCUAACCUUGGAACCGAGCAGCCUUACGACAGAAUGCAGGCAGAUGUGAGCACAGGACUUCUGAUUCUCGGUGUGCUUUGCCAUUCUCUGCCACUGAUGCUGAGGUAUGCUGUGAGCUCCGGGGAGCAUGCAGUGGCCUCUUGGGAUGCAGGAUUGGAGCUGUCCCGAGCAUGCAGCGUUGUCAUGCUCCUGGUCUAUGUUGCCUACCUUUUCUUCCAAUUGAAGACCCAUCGCCAACUUUUUGAGCCCCAAGAGGUCGAAGAUGAUGGUGAUGAUUCAGUCUCCCAAGAUGAGGCUGUCUUGGGAUUUUCUAGUGCAAUGAUCUGGCUCGGAGUCAUGACUCUGAUGACAGCGGUAUUGUCAGAGUUUGUUGUGAGCACAAUUGAGGCAGCAUCAAAAUCAUGGGAACUAUCUGUGAGCUUCAUUAGCAUCAUCUUGAUUCCAAUAGUUGGUAACGCGGCAGAGCAUGCUGGUGCAGUCAUAUUUGCUUUCAAGAACAAGCUGGACAUCACCCUCGGAGUAUCUUUGGGUUCUGCCACGCAGAUUUCCAUGUUUGUGGUGCCAUUGAGUGUCCUUGUAGGCUGGAUCAUGGGAGUCCCAAUGGAUCUUGAUUUAAACUUGCUUGAGACUGGUUCUUUGUUUCUUGCUAUAUUUGUAACCACCUUCACCCUCCAGGACGGAUCAUCGCAUUAUCUGAAGGGACUGCUGCUUCUGUUUUGCUACGUUGUCAUUGCCAUAUGCUUUUUUGUUUUGAGACAGCGCGGAAAUGGCGGCAACGACGGUGUCAAUCCGGGUGUAGCAAGCAACAUGUGGAGGAUUUAGGGCGCCUGAGCUGACAAGUUGGACUGCGUUUCCCAGUGAGUUGUUUCGGAGUGAAUGGUGUGGCCUUCAUUUGCAAUUUUGCAUGGAGCACUGGAGGGAGCCCUGGGUGGGAAGUCUGACUGAAGUAGGCUACAUGUGUAUGAGGAAGAUGAUGCUUUCAGAUAAUUAAUGUGUCAAAAGAAAAAUGAAAGGACACCGCAGUAGCAAUUAAGCGAAUCAUAAGGUAUAUAUAUGUUAUAGCUGAAGUUGAGAUAUACUAGUACUAUAUUGUAGAGAUGAGUGUACAUUGUUGCUGUUCCAACCAAGGCAAUGUGUCGUUCUGUGCAUUACUUAACUUAUUACUACUAGGACUUGAGCAGAGAGGCAAUCAAGCAAAACUGGAUGUACGUAUCAAGUAAGUUGUUCUUGAAAGAAGGGUGUCGUGUGUGUA